CACCCAAACGCUUGAAACCACGACCGACUUUCAAAGUUCCCACCAUGCUCACGCCGUACGCUCAGAAGCCCAGCCUAGUCUCUAAAUCCAUCUCGGGCAGGGCAUCACCUAGUAAGCGUUCAGCACUGCGACAAAUGUCGCCGAACAGGCGGCAUACAGUGGGUGCUUCCACAGCUGAGCAAGGGGAUAACGAUAUCACUGAUGCGAGUGCGAUAUCGAGUAUGCCGACUUUGAUACCGACGAGGAGUUUCUCUCUGACACACCACUUACACCAGGGUUUAUGGCAGGAACAGGUAGAAUUCCUAAUGAGGAUGAGACAAGCACGAGUGAACUAUGAGCAAUGUAAGACGAAAACGAAUCGGAGGAUCUGCUGGACGGAAUUGGUUUUGCAAGAAUUAGACCAUCUACAUCGACGUCAUGUUACUUUACGUUAGAAAAAAAAGAUAAUUCUCAAUAGAACCACUUGUCCAU